AUGAAAGAACAUUAUGUCAAAAUUGCAUUAAUAGGCAAACAAAUAAAAAAAGAAUUAGAAACUUGUCUAGAAUCUCUGAAAAUUAAUUCAGAUGACAUAGAAAAAGAAUCAUUAGAGGAAUUAAUAAACAAUGUCAAACCGAAAAAUUAUGUCGAAUUUCAUAAAUUAGGCAUUAAUUUUUUAAGAACUCAAGUAUAUAUCAAUAAUUUAAAGGAUCAGAAUAAAAACAUUAGUGAAUUUGAGGCCAAAUUAAAAGAAUUGCAAAAUGAAUUAGAAAUUUUAGAAGUUAGUUCUAAAGAAGCAGAAUCAAUUACGCAA